CUGAGUACUAGAUUUAUUUUAGUCAGUCGUAUCAGGGAUUCGAUGAUCCCGAAUUACAUUGCGAUUUAUAGGUUAUAGAGGCCUUCUCGUUCAUAACAUACGCUUUGAUGAUUGGAUUUUGGUUUCCCUCCCGGGAAUCGGAAUCUCACCCUGAAAAGGCGUCUUUGAUUUAAUCUUAGUGACCAAAGAUGAAGAAGCGCAAGCGGGUAAGUAAGAAAGGGAAAGGCAAAAAGAAACCUAAAGUAAUGGAAAUAAAUGAGGAUGUAAAUACUCAGAAUGAUGAUUCAGUUGUGGAAGAGGAGGAAGAGGCAGAGAGUAGUGAUGGCGGUGGCUCAGAUUCUGGAGGAGGAGGAGAGGAUGCAGAAGCACCAGCAUCUACCGUGGCGGUGACCACCGAUCAAGCCCCUCCAAAACAACCUGCAACAACAAGCGCUGGCGGGUUCAGUGAUAGCACUGCUAUGAAAGCAGUUUAUAGGCGUGUCAAAGUCAAGAUCAAGACUUCUAGAUCAUUACUGCUUGACGCUUCUCCAGAAACACAAACCCAAGCCGAAAAAAGUAGCCAACAAUCAGGUUUGGAGAAACAAGAAGGCGUUUCUAGUGAAAAAAUUGAAGAGGAUAGUGCUGCCAACUCAUUGUCAGAGGCAAAUAAUAAUGUCAGUCCAUCUGUAGGAGGAGACUUACUUAAAAAGUCUACGGGAAUCAAAAUCAAGUCAAAGAGCUUCACUUCAAACUUUAGCCCGUGCAUUAACACUGAAACACUGAAUGGGGAGAAGACACCUAAGAAAGAGCCCUCUUCAGUUGCCAAGGGUUCUUCUAGAUAUAAUAAGAAAGAAUUAGAUGCUUCAUUGGAGGUUAUAAAGAAAGUGAUGAAAAUGGAUGCAGCAGAGCCCUUCAAUACACCAGUUGAUCCUAUUGCUCUUGGAAUUCCGGACUAUUUUGAGGUCAUAGAUACACCAAUGGAUUUUGGGACUAUACGUAACAAUCUUGAAAGUGGUGUGAAAUACUCAAACUCGGAGGAUGUCUAUAAGGAUGUACAAUGCAUAUGGGAUAACUGCUACAAGUACAAUAAUAAAGGCGAUUUGGUUUUGGAUCUCAUGAAACGUGUGAAAAAGAACUUUUCAAAGUAUUGGCUUGCAUCUCCUGGAUUAUACAAUGACUACACGCAGGGUGUUGAGAGCAGUCAAAUAAAGGAUGCUACACCACCUGACAGCAGUGGGAAGGAAUCACUGAAAGGUGGUUCCUCCUUGACUAAUAAUAAGUCAAGAAAGCUUCAUGGACUCAAGAAGCACAAGACUUCCUGCCUAUGUGCUAUAUGUGUGAUGAUACGCCGGAGGCAAGAACGUGAGGAGAGUGCUGCUAAAAUUGUUGAAGAAGAACAGAUGGAAGCCGCUAGUAGUGACUGUCCAGAUGAGGUGGUUAAGCCUGAGGAAACUACCCCUGCAGGAAGUGUGGGUGGUGAGUGUGCAUCACCGAAUAUGGAAAGUUCCUCCCCCCCUGAAGUAGACAUGGACUCCAGUCAGCAAGAGAAAGUAGGAGAGGAGGCAAAGCUAGCGGCAGCAAGUGCUAGUGAAGAGGAAAAGCCAGACGGCGAAAGAGGAACUCUAGGAAAAAAGGAGAGUCAAAUUUCUGCACUCAUGGAGUUAGGUGGUGGUCCUUCUAGCAGAUCUGUAGAUGACGACCAUCCUAUCCAUCAAAAGCGAGCUGCAGAGUGUGGCAAUCAUACACUGAAUCACAGUGAUAAAGAAACAUUGCAGAUCGGUGGUGAGACUGAACAGCAGCAGAAAGCCAAGGAGAAGAAGCUUGACAAGUAUCAGAAAGCUAAGAUGUUGGAGAAGCUGCGCUACCUAGAUAACCCCGGGAUUCUUGGGUUGUGCAGUACUCUGUUUGCCGCCAACCAUAACAACAGAUCUGUGUGGAACGGGCCCCAUUCUCUAUUUUUUCAUCAAAAUGAGCCGUCGACGUCUUCAACUCACAUCAAGAAGAGGAGUUCCAUUCGAGAUGCUGUUUCUCAGCUAAUGCAGCGGCAGGGGAAGUUAUUAGAGUGAGUCUAUAACCAAAUGAUGAUUAAGAUAAUAUCCUCCUAUUAAUGUAGCACCAGUUCAAAAUUCUAUUUGUUGUCUUGCUAAACUUAGCUGCUGCUGCUUCUACUAUCUCAAUAUCCCAUGUUUGUGAAUUGUGAUAUUUACCUUCCCAAUGUAAAUAUGAAACCAGCUUAAUUCUUUGUGUAGGUAUUUUUAUGCGAAGCAUUAAUUUACCAUAUUUUUUGUCCUUUUUCAAAUAGUGGUGUACUCAUAUUCGAACUAUUUCAUUCAUGUUUAUUUCUCC